AUGGUCCGUGAGACGAGUACUAGUAAUGAACCGAGAGAAAGAGAUAAAGAUGAGGGUUUAGAGGAGGAGCUAGCUAGGUCAAAGUUUAAAAUGGCUGGGAUAGGGUCAUCAAGAAACAACGAAGAAGACAAUCAACAAAAGGCAAACUGGGUUUGGUACAGAAACACAAAUAACCCAAGCACGAGCCACCACACCAAUCAGAUAUGGCAGCAACCAAGCCUCGAUCUAUAUCCGGGUCAGAUCAACGUCUGUGAUUUGACCACGUCAUCAAGAUCCCUAACCAUAAGCUGUCAAGACUGUGGAAACCAAGCCAAGAAAGGGUGCACGCACGGGAGGUGUAGAACUUGCUGCAAGAGCCACGGGCUCGACUGUCCCACUCACGUGAGGAGCACUUGGAUCCCCAUCGCCAAACGCCGGGAACGGCAGCAGCAGAUACAGACGCCAACCUCCAAUCCAAUCACCGGUGGAGACCGAGUUGAGAACAUCCCGAAUACUUUAAACUCAUCAGAGAUGGGAGAUGCAACAUUUCCAGAUGAAGUGACAUCGGAUGCACUUUUCCGGUGCGUUAGAAUGAGUGGUACCGAUGAUGGAGAUUGCGAAUAUGCAUAUCAGACGACGGUAGGCAUAGCUGGUCAUCAGUUCAAGGGCAUUCUGUAUAAUCAAGGCCCGGAUAAAACGAUUACGCCUGGUACACAAUUCUAUGAAAACCCACCAAGAUCUUAAUUGUAACAUCUACUUU